AUGUUUUGUAUUUACAGAAUAAGUGAAUAACAACCUCAUAUAAAGUGAAUAACCAACAAGACAACAACUACUUUGGUCCAGAAACUGUAGAACCACAAGACAAUGGCCGCUCAGGCUGUGGAGGGCGCAGCAGUGACGGCUCUGCGAACAGUAUUCCAGCGUGUUCGUCAGGCGGCAGAGAGAUCCGGUCGGGUGGCCGAUGACGUGCGUGUGGUGGCAGUCAGCAAGACCAAACCUGUAUCUCUCAUUCGACAAGUCUACGAUGCCGGACACCGCUGUUUCGGGGAAAACUAUGUUCAAGAAUUCAUCGAAAAGGCUCCUCAGCUUCCUCAAGACAUUGACUGGCACUUUAUUGGGCAUUUACAGAGCAAUAAAGCAAAAUCCCUUAUUGCGGCUGUUCCAAAUCUGUCAAUGGUCCAAGGCGUAGAUAACGAGAAGAUUGCAAAUCACCUUGAUCGUGCAGUUUCAAGCAUCGGCAGGAGGCCUUUGCCAGUUAUGGUCCAAGUCAAUACCAGUGGAGAGAUAUCGAAAUCCGGUAUUGAACCAUCGCAUUGUAUAGAGCUCGUGAAGCAUGUUAAAUUUGGUUGUCCAAACCUCGUGUUUUCUGGCUUAAUGACUAUUGGAAUGCCAGAUUACACAUCCACUCCAGAGAACUUUAAGACUCUGUCUAGAUGCAGAGUUGAGAUCUGCAGGGAACUUGGGAUGCCAGAAAACCAGUGUGAACUAUCAAUGGGCAUGUCUGGUGACUUUGAGCUAGCGAUUGAAAUGGGCAGCACAAACGUAAGAAUCGGGUCAACCAUUUUCGGUCCUAGGGAUUAUUCAAAGAAACAACAGCAACAAUAAGGGUGUUGCUUCCACUGUUUGAUAAUGUUACAAAAAUAGGUUAUAAUUGGCCUGGUUGAUGUAUACAAUCUUGUUUGUAAUAUACACAUUGAAGUUAAGAAUGUAUCACAAAGAUACACAUAGUUAUAUUUUUUAAA